CGGGCUGCUCAGAAGGGGGGCGUUCACUGUCACAUGUUACAUAAAGGUGACCAAGUCAGUGUGCGUUGCUACUGGACCUCUGCACUGCAGAAAGGGAACAUUUGUAAGCACCAUUUAAUCAAAGCACGGAGAGAUGGCAGCUACGCUCCUGAGGAUGGGACGACUGGGUUGUAUCAAGUGCUUGCAGGCUGACAGGUGGAGUACUCUAAGCAGAGCCCCUGUAGCUGUAGCCCUAAGCACAAAAUCUGGUGGUAACAAAAAAUCGUCCAAAAAGAACAUCUCAGACAAAGACCAGGCUCAAACAUACUUCGAUCUAGAGAAACUUGUCCAGCACAAGUCAUAUGUGCCUCCCAAGAAAGAAGUUUCUGCAGCGACAGCCGUAGCUGCAGCUGAAACAGUCGCUGAUCCAGUGCUUGGGGUUUCUCUCACAGCUUCAGCAACAGAAUCCAUACCUGUCGUUGAAACAGUCUCUGAAUGUGUCCCAGAAGCUGUGUCUGUUGCUGAAGCUGCCACUGAAGCUACACCUAUUAUUGAAGUUGUUGCUGAAGCGGUUGCGGAAGCGGUUGCUGAAACUGUACCAGUGGUUGAGGCUGUUGCAGAAGCUGCUGCAUUUAUAGCUGAAACUGCUACCACUCCACCAGCUGAACAGCCUGCUCAAGUUGCUCCCAUUGAAGCAGUCCCUGAGUCAGCACCAGCCCCUGAAGCCCCAGAGUCUGUGGCUGCUCCUGUAGACAUGGCCCCAGUGUCUGUGGCUGAAGCUGCUCCUGUAGACGUGGCCCCAGAGUCUGUGGCUGAAGCUGCUCCCAUAGAGGCGGCCCCAGAGUCUGUGGCUGAAGCUGCUCCCCUAGAGGCGGCCCCAGAGUCUGUGGCUGAAGCUGCUCCCGUAGACGUGGCCCCAGAGUCUGUGGCUGAAGCUGCUCCCCUAGAGGCGGCCCCAGAGUCUGUGGCUGAAGCUGCUCCCGUAGACGUGGCCCCAGAGUCUGAAGCUGCUCCCCUAGAGGCGGCCCCAGAGUCUGUGGCUGAAGCUGCUCCCGUAGACGUGGCCCCAGAGUCUGUGGCUGAAGCUGCUCCCGUAGACGUGGCCCCAGAGUCUGUGGCUGAAGCUGCUCCCGUCGACGCGGCCCCAGAGUCUGUGGCUGAAACUGCUCCCGUAGACGCGGCCCCAGAGUCUGUGGCUGAAGCUGCUACUGUAGACGCGGCCCCAGCGCCUGUGGCUGAAGCUGCUCUUGUCGAUGGGGCCCCAGCACCCGUAGCUGAAUCUGCCCUUGUCGAUUCUGCCCUAGCGCACGUGGCUGAAGCUUCUCCCGUCGAAGUGGCCCCAGCAGAGGUUUCUGCCUCUGUAGAAAGUGCUGAAGAGCUGGUGGACCCUGCUCCAGUCAUAGCUGAAGCUGCAGGAGAGGAACUGCAGGUGGAAGCCCCAGCUGAACCAUCUGAGGCUCCAAUGGACCCAAUUCAGAAGCUCUUCUUGGACUCCAUCCGCGAGUACUCGACAAAAAGCCAGGCUGCUGGGGGGCUGGUCGAUGCAGGUUCAGAAUAUGAGAAGGCUUUAGCAGAGGAGAUUGCAAAGCUUCAGAGACUCUAUGGUGGUGGAGACCUAACAUCUUUCCCUGACUUCAAAUUCACAGAGCCCAGCUUGGAUGAAGUUUCCCAGAAGUGAACAUCAGCACUUUGAACCUUUUCUACUGACACCUGUUUCCUGUACAUCUCCAUAGUGGAACAUUAAAUGUCUGUUUACUGUCAAGUUGCAGCAAACUCUUGAAUCUUGCUUUGUGUCUGAGACUAGACCUGUUUCAAUGACUAGAUGUGGAAGAUAAAGUAGUAGAUGAACGUAUUUGGCGGACAAAGUGAGAUUGAGCUGUGACAUAAACUGUUUAGAUUCAUCCAUGUCAGAGCUUAGUAUAAGGAAAACAUUAAAUUCCAUUUCAUAUCUA